CCCCACAAAUAAACAAACCCAACCCACACCCAACCCCCUAACCGCACCGAGUCGAGCCAUGGGUCACGCCGCGACCUCAGCCACCACCUCAACCUUCUUGGGAAGCCAGCUCCAAAGCCUCCCCAACGCCGACGGUUUCCGAACCCGAGCCCGGUUCGGCUUCGGCUUCAAGAAGCCCGGGUCGAAGCCGAAGCCGAAGCCGAAGCAGAAGCAAUCAAGUGAUAGGCCACUGUGGUUCCCAGGUGCAAAGGCCCCUGAGUACUUGGAUGGGAGCUUGGUUGGGGACUAUGGUUUUGACCCAUUUGGGUUGGGAAAACCAGCGGAGUAUUUGCAGUUUGAUUUGGACUCAUUGGACCAGAAUUUGGCGAAGAAUUCGGCAGGGGAUGUGAUUGGGACGAGGUUUGAGAACUCAGAUGUGAAGUCCACUCCUUUCCAGCCCUACACUGAGGUGUUUGGGUUGCAGAGGUUCAGGGAGUGUGAGCUCAUUCAUGGGAGGUGGGCUAUGCUUGCCACCCUUGGUGCUCUUGCUGUUGAGUCUCUCACUGGGGUCACAUGGCAAGAUGCUGGCAAGGUGGAGCUAAUUGAAGGGUCGUCUUACUUGGGCCUUCCACUCCCAUUCACCAUGACCACACUGAUCUGGAUUGAGGUUUUGGUCAUUGGGUACAUUGAAUUCCAAAGAAAUGCAGAGCUUGACCCUGAGAAAAGACUGUACCCUGGUGGUCAGUUCUUUGACCCCCUAGGCUUGGCCUCUGAUCCUGAGAAGAAGGCCACUCUCCAAUUGGCAGAGAUAAAGCAUGCAAGGUUAGCCAUGGUUGGCUUCUUGGGCUUUGCAGUUCAAGCUGCUGCAACUGGUAAAGGUCCUCUCAAUAAUUGGGCCACUCAUUUGAGUGACCCUCUCCACACCACCAUCUUUGACACCUUCUCAUCCUCCUAAUCUCUCUCUCUCUCUCUACAAGACUGUUUUGUAUUCAGAUCUCUCUCCCUUGAAGACUAUAUGUUUUGUAUUCUAAUCUUGUAAAUUCAAACCUUUUGACAUCUUUAUCAUAGCAUAUGAUUUAUGGUUGUCUUAAGUGUUAUGCCAUGGCUAUGUCCCCACCAGUCUUCAGAUAAUCGACUCGGCCAAGGUACUCGGACUUUGACCGAGGCGAGUUAUUCAAGUCGAGAAACGAUGGUCGCCGCUAUUCUGCAAGUAGUAUUUUCUCCUCUCAUUUUCUCUGUUUUUGGUCCAUGAAUAAUACAAGUGAACUUUGUUUAUUA